AUGAAGGUGGAUAACACAAUCUAUCCCCUCUUCCUUUGUAAUCUACCACUCCCCCAAUAUGCAGUGCUGUAUGGAUCCUGGUUUGACCACACUCAUGGCUGGAUGUCCAUGAGAGGGAAGGAGAACUUCCUGAUACUGAGUUAUGAAGAGCUGAAAUGGGACACAAGAAGCACUGUAGAGAAGAUCUGCCAAUUCACCGGCAAGAAAUUAGAACCAGAAGAACUGAACUCCCUCCUCAAGAAUAGCUCCUUCCACAUCAUGAAAGAAAACAAGAUGUCCAAUUAUUCCCUCCUGCAUGGUCAGUAUUUUAAUGAGAAGAAUGCAUCACUUAUGAGAAAAGCCAUUUCUGGGGACUGGAAAAAUUACUUCACGGUGGCCCAAGCUGAAGCCUUUGAUAAAAUAUUCCAGGAGAAGAUGGCGGAUGUUCCUCAAGAGAUGUUCCCAUGGGAAUAAUGUUCAAGAACUUCUGGAUCUUAUAUGAACGUUGAUAUUUGUUUC